CGCUAUCACUUGGACCAGUCUUCAUUCGUUGUCUCUUACAAGCCUCUCAAGCUCUCACUCAAACAACAAAAAUCAGUCAAGAUGAAGUUCUCUCUCGCUGUCCUCGCCCUCGUCGCCUCCGUCCAGGCUCAGUCUCUCAGUGACGUCCCCUCGUGCGCCCUUCCCUGCCUCGACGAUGCCAUCGAGAGCGAGACGGACUGCAAGACCACCGACCUUGUCUGCGUCUGCAAGGACUUUGACAAGGUCCGCAGCAAGGCUACCUCUUGCGUGAUUGACAAGUGCGGUGCCGACGUUGCCAUCAACAAGGUCCUCCCUGCUACCGAGGGUCUCUGCAAGAACCCCGGCAGCGGCGGCUCCGCGUCCGGUGCCGAGUCCUCCAAGGCAGAGACCACUGCCGCUGAGGCUACCACCGCCGCCGAGGAGACCUCCGCCGCUCCCGAGACCACGAGCGAGGCUGCUGCCACCACCUCUGCCGCCGCCGAGACCACCUCCGAGGCCGAGGAGGAGAGCACCACCGUCCCUCCCGUCGUCUCCACCACCUCUGCCCCAGAGACCACCUCCGCCGCUCCCGUCUCUACCCCCAGCGCCUCCACCGUCGAGGUCAACGGCGCUGCUGGCCUCAAGGGUGUUGGUGCCAUCGCCAUGGUUGCCCUCGCUGCCAUUGCUCUGUAA